AUGCAGACCAAGGUCAUCGUCAAGACAAUGCCGUCUAGCGACAACGAGCUCUCUGAUCCGCCUGAUAUCCUUUCAUCACCACCGCCCGCAUCAUUCAAAGGUCAGAUUUCAAAGUAUCAGUACGCCGCUGGCUCAGCCAAAGAAAACGACACAUCAUCAUCUGCAUCCCGUCGACCACCAGUAAAACGUCCACGCACCACCACCAUAGUCGUCACCAAACCCACCCCAUCCACAACACUCUCCUCACCAUCGCCACGCCCACCCAAAAAGCAGCGCCAAUCCAGCAAAUACGCUGACCCCUCCAAAUAUGCACACCUCUCCCCCCUCGUCGACAUCCUCGAACCAAAUCUAAUAUGCGUCUUCGUCGGCACAAACCCCGGCGUCAGCACCGCGCUCCACGGGCACGCCUACGCACACCCCUCAAACCAUUUCUGGAAGCUUUUGCACUCAUCCGGGCUUACUGACCGGCGUCUCGCACCGAGCGAGGAUAGAAGUCUAUCAUCAAUGUAUUGUAUGGGGAAUACGAAUAUCGUGUCCAGGCCGAGCAAGGAUGCGGCGGAAUUGAGUAAGGAGGAGAUGACUGAGGGGACGAGGGACUUGGAGAGGAAGUUUGCAUUGUAUAGGCCGGAGGCGGUUUGUAUUGUUGGGAAGGGCAUUUGGGAGGCGAUUUGGCGGUUCAAGUAUGGGAGGAGGAUGAGGAAGGAGGAGUUUAGGUACGGGUGGCAGGAUGAGAGGCAUAAUAUGGGGAGAGUGGAUGAGGAGCCGGAGUGGGAGGGGAGUAGAGUGUUUGUCACGACAAGUACGAGUGGGUUGGCGGCGAAUUUGAAGCCGGCGGAGAAAGAGGCGAUUUGGAAGCCAUUUGGGGACUGGGUGCAGCGCAGGAGGGAGGAGAGGGGGUUUGUUCCUACGGGGGUUAAGGAGGAGGGUGCUGUUGAUGAGGCGGUUAAGGAAGGGCUCGUUGAAGAAGAUGUGGUCAAGGGAGAGGAAGCAGCUUAG